CGCAAAGAGCGAACGUGGUCGCGUUAUAAAAGUGCGAUUCAUCUGAUCUCUCGCGAGUGUAGCUGCAGCGAUCGAAAAACGAACACACCGACUCAAGCAUGGAAGUGGCGGGUCAAUGGCGCCGGGAGUGGGCUGGAACUGCCGAAUACGGGAAGGUGAUAGAAGGCGGUGUUACGCGACAAGUCGCUCGCGCUAUGGAAGUUCUGCACGCGAGUGCUCCGGGUGCGAAAGUGCGAGUCAUGCGCGCCGCCUACCACUCCUCCGCGGGUCCGGGAGCACCGGCCUCUUCCUACAUGAUGCACUCCUCCAGACAAGUCAUAUCAUCGGGUUAUAAUUUUUUAGAACCAUCAUCAUUACCAUCGAAACCAUUAGAAAUAUCUUCAACGCCUCUAGAAUCAUCACCAGACAGUGAAGUAGAGAAAGAAAAUUACAAAGUCACCGAACCGGACGACUAUGAUAUAUCAGAACCGUCUAAAUGGAGAGGUUCGUCCAGAAAAAAUUCGAUUCGAAUGCCCAGCGAGGAAUCAUCUUCCGCAGAUAAUGCAAGUAUAAUUGAUCUUGAUUCUAGAACCAGUAGCAGAAGCACAUUAAGAAGGAGUUUUCAAAAUAAACACAACGAAGAUAUAAAUAGAAUUCAUAAUAUUAACACCAGAGUUUCUCCAUUAUUGGAUGCACCGGUAGCACUGAGUACUUUAAAGUAUACUUCUCUCUUAAACGGUAGUGAUGACUGGAAUAAUAGAAGAAAAAGUUAUAGCUUUGAGGGUACAUCCCCUAAUAACAAAAGUAUGUCAUCUGAAAACAAUUCUUUUACCAUAGACUCAUCUACUGAUAGCGGAAUAUGUAAAUCAUCAGAAAUCGUUAAUGAUCAGUUUAAUAGUAGAAAAAACGCUAAUAUUUUUGAAAAAAUGGAUCAAAACCAGGAAGAGACUUUUACUGAGUGGCUUUCAAGAAAUAGAUCAACUUCUUACAAGGACAUGAGCCCGCACAAACCUCUUAAUAUCCCAGAAUCUCAAAAAAAUGAAGACAAAAUUACCGUAAAAUCAUCUGGCAAAGUAACUAUAACAUUGCCUAUAGAAACUUUUAAAGAAAAGCAAACUGAAAUAUCGAAGUAUGAUGACAGUGACCGAAGAACCAAAAAAGUAGAAUUUUGUAAAACUGAGUUGCAUUUUGCAGUAGAUACCGGAACAGUUAAUAUCAUCGCUACCGAUGAAAAACCACCACCUUCUAACGAUUUUAGAAGAAGAAGAAGUGCAUUCGUUCCUUUAAAUGAGAAAAUUGAUAAAUCAAUUACGCUCUUUGGAGAACAAAGCAAAUUAACGGAAAAUAAUAUUCAUGAAAGUGGUAUCUCAAAUAAAGAGAUAGGAGAAACCGACGAGAAUACAGCAGCUACAAAAAGUAUUCUUAAGAAUAAAAUCCCGAAACCCAAACCAUAUCUUCUAGGAGAGAACAUGGCAUUUGGGAAUUUUAAUGAUAAUAUAAAUAAUCUUGACGCAAAGAAAAUUUUGCCAACUACCAGUGCCGUUUCUUUAAUUAAUCGCCAACUCCAAUCAGAAAGACGACAAAGUAAUGAAACUACUUCUAGCUGCGCAAGUGAUUUGAGUACUGUUCUCAAUAAUUCCUUUAGGACAGGAAGUAAAGGUCCACAGUUGCGAGAUAGUUCAAAUUAUAGGCAAGCUAACAAUGUAAUUAUUGAACAUUUAAAACACAGAUCAUCUGAUUUGAAAAAUUCUGCAGAGUCUUAUUCUCAAAACAGGCUUAAAGUAAGAGAACUUCGUGGAAGUGAAUUAGCUUAUUUCGGAAUCGACGACAGUAAAAAAUCUAAAGGUACUCACAGUCAAGAUAAUAUGCAAGAGGAAAUAUUUCAUUCGGUGAAAUUAGUACAACAAAUAUCUAAUAGUGUUUGUAAUAGCGAAGCAGAUUCUGAUGAAGGUCCUGAGUAUCAAAAUAUUUCACCUAAGUAUAAUUAUUCCGUUACACCAACUCCAAAACCACGGUCGAUAUAUAGCGAACAACUUCGAAAAGGUGCUGAACCAAGAAUUUUAAAAGCAAUUAUUGAACAAGAUUUUGAAAAAAUUACCCAGUCCGAUGGAGAUCGAUUAAAUCCAAAAGAAGGCAAUGAUAGUCAUAAAUCUUCGCAUUUUGAGAGCGAUGUCUCUUUAAGAAGUACUAAAGAAAAAGUAUCGAGGGAAAAAGAUGUCAAGAUCAAUCUUAUAAAUGAUUAUUCAUCACUAGGAAGGAGUAAAACGGCAUCUUUGAAAAGAGUUAAGAACAAUAAAGAGAAUGAAAGCUCUAAGUCAUCAGGUAACAUAAAGCAUGAUAAAAAUAUACCAGAAUCACCAUUAUAUAUUAACCUACAAACAAAAGCAGACCGAAAAACUAAAAUUUCAGAAGAGAAAAAUCAAAGACUAAAUGAUCAACGUCGUCUAAUAGGUACAAAUAACACAAAUUCAAGUAAAUCCUGUAUUAAGCGAAGUACAGCGAGCGGUGAUAAAGGCGACGUAUCCGAUAAAAUUAAAGAACACCGCAGUGCUGUAAGUAGAAACCAUAAAAAUGAAAUAAAACAAGAUACCAGCCAGCAUCUAAAAAAGCAUCCUAGGCGGACUGAAAAAUUAACUACUCCAGAUCAUUUACAAGAGAAAUUUGUCAGACAGCGCUCUUACGAUAGAAAUAAAUUGAACACAAGUAUAAGCAAUAAUAAGUAUGAUUCUUUUAAUGCUAACUCAUUAAAGAAAAAAGAAAAUAAAGAUAGUUCAAAACUGGUUGUAGAUAAUAGUAGUAAACCUAAAAAUAAAGAAGGCAUAGAGAAUAGUUCAACGGAAAAUGAAUCAAAAAUACGAAAUACUACAAAGACUACGAACGUAGCUCGACCGAAAGAUACUUCAAAUGAAAAUAAAACCUCUAUAAAAUCAAAUGAAGAAAAUCAAAGUUUGCAAUACGCUUUAAAAUUAAGUACCAAUAAAUCAAUAAAGACCUCAAGUUCGAAUACAAAACCCGACAAGUCAUCAAAAUCAAAACGUAGUAAAUAUGUUAUAAAUUAUGAUGAUAAAAAUGGAACUGUUUCUUCUAUUUGCAAAAUAAAAUCGGUGCCCGGUACGUAUACUAGAAAAUUGGUUUCAGUUGAAAAUAAGAGCCCUCAAGAAUGUAGUAGUGAUAAAAUUUUAAACAAAAUUGCUUUGAAAAAGUAGUCGUGCAUGCUAUCAAUAAUAAAAUAAAAGAAUGGCAGAUAAGUCAUACCUCAACAUACAUAUUUCAGUCCAGCUCACCAAUGUACAGUCGAACACAGUUAAAGAGGAUUUCAGAAACAAAAAACGAAUACCGAGUGCCCAAAUACAAAGAUCUUGCCAACUGCUAUAGCUCAAAGCCUUUGUUGUUUUUAAUAAGAUGACAUGUUUUAAUAUAGGAAAGAAAAGACAUGGAUGGAGAUAGUUUGUAUUUUUUAAUAUUAAUAAUGAUCUCACAAAUAAGUAUUUAAUAUUAUUUUAAUAUCUACCUAACACUGCUAUUACAUAACAUAAUAAUAAAUGAUUACAAAUGA